AUGAACAAAGUGGGAGGGAAGGGAAAUGAGAAAAACACUUCUGACGGACAGCGGGUGUGUUUUGGCUCCCCACACCACCCGCCCCCACCCCGCCCAGCUCUCCACACUCCCGUCCCGGGGGAAACGGCUGGAACGGGGAUCGGAGGAACUGCCUGCUGGGUCCCCCGCUCUUUCGCUAGACCUGCCAAUCGAAACCGCCUCGAAAUUCGGGGGCCUUGGCAGGGGCAGGCCUCUGCCCCUCCUCCCCAAGGGCCAAACCCCUCUCUCCUUCUCCGCCACACACGCAAGCACUCGGGCCGCUCCCGCGCCGCAGACUCCCGUCCUUUGCCCGCCUCGGCCCGAGUCCCGGCCGCUAGGCCCCUUCCCUCGCACCCGCACCCCUCCCCUCCCGCUGCCGAGGCUCCAGAUGGCGGCUCCUCGCGUCGGGCUCGAGGCCCCCAGACGCCGCCCAGCAGCAGCCGGCGGUCGCUCCCUCCCUCCCUCCCAGCUGCUGCGGCAGAGACCAGGAUGGACUGCUUUGAGAGGACGGCAGGCUCCUGCACUGGCUCUGAUUGGGACGGGAGCCCCGCCGCGGAGGGGCACGCGGGAGCCGCGCUCACGGGGAAGCAGCUUUGCAGGCCCCAGAUGCUCCUCUGAGUGCCCGACACAGCAGCCCUGAGACUGGCGGCAGGGGUUGAGGUCUUUCUCUCACGGGCCAGGGCCGGGCGACUCUUUAUUUGCCGAUACAGAUACACAAGGAAAACCAAAGCUAUUCAGUCUCCUCAUUUGUCCAGCAGCCUAACAGUGGUGCCCUUUCUCUGCUGCUGCUUUCCCUGCUUCGGGAGCAGCAGUUAUGGUAGAAGCAGAUGGCUACUGAUUGGGGGAGCUUUGUGGCUCUAAUACUGAAUACUUUAUGGAAAAGGACUUUAUCAUGCUUCGCUGGGCAGAGGAACAAGGGGGUGAGAUUUAUGGCCAGGAAAAAUAAAUCUUUUCCAAGUUGUGGCUCCUUCUCACCAGUUGUCUCCUUUGCUGGUGGUGGGAGGGGGGGUCAAAACACUGAGGAAUUGGUUUUAUUUUAUUGUAUUCUCUUUUCCGCUAACAUCACUUCUUAGUCAGUCUGAGAGGAGAGGAGACUAAGAGGCAGAAGGUUAUGAAAUACCUUAGGUGACUGUUGCUGCAUCAGCAUUCUCUGCCCUCAGGAAAAAAGCAGAAGGGAAUGGUCUUGAACGCUGUCUGGGGCCAGGUUUUCCCGGACGUCCUGUUAGUUCCUGGGUAAAACAUCAUCCUCCAUUAUCCUAUUCUCUAUAGGGAACAAAAAAGGAUGUAAAUGCUCCCAUCCGAAAAAUCAGAGGAGGUCACUGGUAUUGAAGGAGUGGGGCCCUGAUGAGGCAUAUGGUGAUGUAGGUAUGCUCCUCCACUCUGAAAGGGUCUGAGCUGCGAGGAUGAUUAAGGGAUGUCUGGCGAUGACAGUUUUGGGGCUCCUCAUCGAAUUUUCAAGCUUUGGGGAAUAUAGAGAUUCCAACACUCCGCUGAAGGUCUAACGCACCCCAGGAUGACUGACCCUUGCAUCUUUUCUCUUUUCUUCCCCUCACCUGAGUUUUACCUCUCUUGAGUCAGGUAUGCUCUCUGUCUGUUGCAGGAAUGCAGCCCUUCUCCGUAUGCAGUAGGCUGCACCUUUACUCCUCUUGCCCCCCAAACCUGUUCCCUACAGCAGUGCCACCCUCUCUUCUACCCCUCCUUUAGGUCUCCCCCUCCCAGGGGCCACGACUAAAGACAGAAAUGCUCCCAACUUGCCUACUGGCAGUUGGGCACAGAGACAUGGAAGCCACAUCCAAUCGUGGGCCUCCCAUUCCACAUCAGACCCCUUAUCUUCUUAACAUUUGAAACGACAUUUUCUACUCAAGAAACGUUUGUUGAGAAUCUUUCAUGUUCCAAGCUCCUUUUCUCUGCCUUUCCUAUUAUUUUACCUUGUCCCUAGAAACUGAAGAGGAGAAGCUAGGAGGAAGGAAAGGCAUGCAGCUUCCGGAAGUGUCAUCUAACUUUCGGCCACAAGCUAAUUCUUCCCAGUUCUGUGGGUACUAUCACCCCAAAUACCCACACACACCUUUGUGCACUGUUUCUCUCUGAAAAUGAGGGAAGUGAAGCAGGAAAAGCAAGAUUUAAAAAUUACAUUUAUCUAGGUUUCAAAGUGGCAAGCACUGAGAUACUUUAAGUAAUUAACUGUUUGGGCUCUUGCUGCAUGCUAGGCCGAAUGCUCUGCCAGGCUUAUCACAUUUAAUUAUAAUCCUCUGAGUCAAACGCUAUUCUCUCUAGUUCACAGAUCCCCUUCCUUCACAGGAAACAGACGCACAGAGAGGCUAACUAGCCCGAGCAAGAAGUCCAGCUGGGAUCUGAACCCCGGCUUCCUCUUGCCGCCCUGUGAGAUAAAUGUUUUUGCUAUUUUACAAAUGCGGGCACUCAAAUUCAGAGAGGUUAGGCGAUUCGCUCAAAGACACAGAGCUAGUAGAUUCCUAAUAGAAGUGUUUAGGAAGCCAAAUUUGGAGCUCUUAACCACCACCCGUGGGAUCCUACACAAGAAAGAGCAAUAAGGAGCCCACAACUGACCUCUGUCACCGGGCCCCUGCCUGGGCGGGAGACUUCCCAGAGCUCGAGGCUACAGGCGUGGGGGCGAACAACGCGCCUGCUCCGGGCCGCGGCUGCGCGAAAGCGGCGGGCGGCCCGGGGAGGAAGCUCAGCACCGCAGCCCCGGCCCCGACAGGGGCUCCGUCGGCCUUGCGGCCCAUAAUGCUCCGCGCGCAACCCGCGUGCGGGCGUCCGGGGCGGGGCCAGAGGCAGUGGGAGUGAGAGA